AUGUAUAUUGAAAAUAAAAUGCCAAGAUUCAAGGAUGGUCGAGCGAGAAAUAUUAUAAAUUUUGCAAACGAAAAUGAAGAAUGGCAAGUCUUUUUUACACUGACAUGGAGCAGACCAACUAAGGUUUGUCAGUUGGGCAAUGGCCGCUCAGCACUUGUUGAAAUCUACCACGCUAUGAAAGAGAGGGAAUUUUAUUUAGGCUUAAGAAGAAGAAAAAGUAGUCCAGGAAAAAAGGCUGUAACAUACAAAAUCCAGCACACCGCCGUGAAGAUGGAGAACGUCACUAGCCACCCAGAAGAAGCGAGGUGCAUCUGCACACUUAAUCGUGACUAUGAUUGUGAUUAUAGCAGAAACGGACCAAAGUAA